AUGCCAAAAGAGAAAGUUGUAGUGGUGAUGGGUGCUACCGGCACUGGAAAAACGCGUCUGUCGAUCGAUCUCGCCACUCGUUUCGAGGCCGAGAUAAUAAACUCCGACAAAAUACAAGUCCACCAAGGGCUCGAAAUCACCACCAACAAAAUCACCGACGAAGAGAGGUGUGGUGUGCCACACCACAUACUCGGGAUCACCGAUCCCGAUUCCGAUUUCUCGGUUGGAGACUUUUGUGAUGCAGCUUUGGUUUCGAUUAAGUCGAUACUGAGUCGAAACAAGCUUCCGAUAAUCGUCGGUGGCUCGAAUUCGUUCGUUGAGGCUCUCGUGGACGUGAAUUUCCAAUCAAAAUACGAUUGCUGUUUCCUUUGGAUGGAUGUGGCAAUGCCGGUCCUCCAUUCUUAUGUAUGUGACCGAGUCGAUAAAAUGGUGGAGAGGGGAAUGGUUGAUGAAGUUAGGAAUUUCUAUGAUCCAAAUGCAGACUAUUCAAAAGGAAUUCGGAGGGCCAUCGGAGUAUCUGAACUGGACGAGUUUUUCAGAAUGGAAUGGAUUUGUGGGAAAGAAACUCGUGAAACCUUUCUUGAGAAGGCAAUUGAUUCAAUUAAGAUAAAUACAUGUAAGUUGGCAGAGCGACAGCUCAACAAAAUUCAACAAUUGAACGUAAAAUGGAAUAUCCAUCGCUUUGAUGCUACAGAUGUGUUUCAGAAACGAGAGGGAGAAGAGGGAGAAAUGGAUGCAGCGUGGCGAAAUACGAUUGCAGCUGCCGGAAUCGAGGUGGUUAGUAACUUUUUAUAUGAUUUGAAUCCGACAUACACUCCGAUCAGGCACAUCGGAGAAGUUCGUACGCACAUUGGAGAAGUUCGUCGUAGUAUUAUCUUAACAGAUCUUAUGGUCUAA